UCUUUCCUCAUAGUUUAAUGACAGAUGUUUUUCAGGAUGUCACAGCCAGACAGUGUUUGAUUGCAGGCCCUCUAAAAAUAGCAAAAAACUGUGCUAAUAAUUCUUUUCUCAGUUCUAAGGCAUCCCCUAAUUUAUUUUGCAGAUUUUUUACAUUUGAAUAAAAAUGAUGGAAAUUUGAAGAUUUUUACAUAAAAAAACCUGAAGAAAAGAAAAAGUAUUAAUUCAGGUCACACCGUUUAUGAAUUUCUUGGCUUUACAUUUCUAUGAAAUAGGUAUGUGGCUCUUCAUCUUCUAGGAAGUUCUCCUGUAGUAGUUUGGGGCAUCUGUUUGUGCUUUAGGAUGGGUAAAUACAUCCUCCCAGAGAUUAUGUGGCAAAAAAAUCAACAGCUUAGGCUCCAGUGACUUUCAAACCACAGCUUUAUGUAGUUAACAAUCAGCUGGAGUUGGGUCUUGCAGCAGGAGGUAAAAGCCAGGCUGAAACCAACAUAACAAUUUAACUUGAUUUACAGAGACUAAAAAUGGUACUGAAUGAUUGUCCUGCAUUGCAAGGAAGAGAAAAACAAUUCUCUGGCUUUGUCCAAACAAAUUAACAUGAAAGAACUCACUAUUUUGAGCUUUUGUCUAUGUUUGUACUAAGCUAACAUUCCAAAACAUAUUUUGAUAUUUUUUUUUCUGUGAAAACCCCUGCAAAGUCUAGAACAAUAGCAGAAAUACUAUGUCUAUAAAAGGCUGAACUAUUCCAAUGCGAGCAUCAUAAAUGAGAGCGUGGAGGAGGAUUAGGGAAGUAGGAGAGUGUGUAUUGAGGUCAGCGUGCACAAAAUUGCUUUUAAAAUGUCUGGGUUUGUGUCUAGAGGGGAGUCACGAGUGAGAUUGUCGGACUGUGGCUGCAUUUCACGGAAAUGUCAGUGCACAAGCCUUGGGACCUCUUUUCCUCUCGGUUUUCCCGUCCGUACCCCGGGCCGGGCCGGGGACCCAUUGCUGCCCCGCUCGGGCUCCCCGGGGCCCCUCCUGGGGAGCGACAGGCGAUUCCCGCUACUCCAGCCGGUUUCUGCCGCUAAUCCAGCCGGUUCUGCUGCCUUUUCCUUCUCACAAGCGGCCCUGUCUGCUCCCGUGGCGGGUGAUGCUGUUGGUGCAGUGGGGCAGUCCCCUCAGCGCAGCCCGUUGCUCUCUGUGCGCUUGCCGUUAGCGACGAGCCAAGCGACAGCGCUCAGCCGUGGGCUAAGCAGCCAACAGGUUUAACGAGUUAAAAUCCGGCAUAACAGCGUGCACCCAGCCAAGCACCGCAAAUCGGCUAGAACAGCACACCGUGCGCCCAGAACCUGAAGCACGUCUGCAAACACACGCCGCAGCCGCAGCGCUCUCCCACCAUCGCCUCACAACAGCGCCGUCCCCAUCCCCGCGGGCCCGGGCUCCGUCCGGCCAUGUCAGGAUCAGCCCCCGAGGAGCCUCAGACCAUUCCUCAGAGCCCAGCUAGUGUUGCUGACCCCGCUCCCGUUGCUGUCGGACCUGGAGGCUCAAGUGACAGUUCCUUUGGUGAGCAAAACCUUGGCUUCGCCACCCCCGAGGCCAGCCUGGUGGAGAUGAUGGACAUUGAGUACACCCAGCUGCAGCACAUACUUUGCUCGCACACGGAGGCGCAGAGUAGCGAAGGUGAAGUGGAAGCCAGGCUCAGCGCUUUCUCCUCGCCUGGCCCCUCUGCAGACCCCCCUCUGCAGCAGCCCUCCCCCAGCACCAGUCAGGACGGGGGCUCAUCCAACAGCUCUGGGAACCAGUCGGUCUGCCCAGUGACCUGUCAGUCAGGGUUGCCUUGUGACAGCUACUGGCCGAGUUCUAACCCACACCUGGGCUAUGCUGACUUGCAGGAGCUCAGGAUGAUGUUACUUAGCGAGUCCAACCUCCCCGUGAGCCAAAGAGAGAAAGCGCCCAACAGUAGUAGCUCUGUAGAAGUCUCGGGAUGCAGUGUAGCAAAAGCUAAACAGGGUGAAAAUUUCUUGGGGGAGAAUAAGGAAAACAUAUUUGUUGAAAAUUCGGCACUGGCACCAGAGGUUAGAUCUAAACCUGCAGUCAGAGCUCGGUUGGAAGACAGAUUCAACAGCAGCCCGACAGAAAACCCCAGAUGUCAAGAACCCCAAGAAUCUGGAGUAACUCUUAACAAUUUAGUGACACUGAUCCGCCAGCCCUCAGAAGUGGUGGGUGUUCCUCUUCACCAGCAAGGGAACAGGUGUGCUGCACUAGGAAAAAAUAAGGCUGCACCUGCCACACAUUCCUUACCAUUUACUUACCCAUUCUUUACCAUGAAUGCAUGUUCUGCUGCUGGAAGUGCUAAUCCUUCCCAAGCACAGACCUGUGGAACAUCUUGCACUAUUUUGGAAGCUGCCAAACAUCAAGACCUUGGGAUACCCAAGACAUUCCCUUUUCUCUAUCAGGAAGUUGAAUCCACAAAACAGACAGUAGGUGCUAUAAAUAAAGCUUUGCCUGAGGAAGUUUGGAUUAAAGUUGGAGACACCUUAUGCAAGCAAGCCAUAAACAGAAGUUGCAGCCGAAUAAAUCUGCUGGACGCAAACAUGGAUCGCAAACCUCUCGGUGAGAUUCGGAACGCCCGGGACAACAGCCAGAGCACUGCAGCUGCCCAGGGCCCCUGGCAGUCAGCACAGCCCAGCUCCAGUGUGCAGGUACAGAGUGGUUCCCAGGAUGGAAGCGCCCAGAGGAGGGAAAGGCACAACCGCCUGGAGAGAGACAGGAGGCGCAGGAUCCGGGUUUGUUGUGAUGAGCUCAACCUCCUCGUUCCCUUCUGCACGAUUGACACUGACAAGGCAACAACUUUGCAGUGGACAACUGCAUUCCUCAAGUACAUUCAGGAAAGGCACGGCGACUCCCUGAAGCAGGAAUUUGAGACUGUAUUCUGUGGUAAAACAGGCAGGAGACUAAAAAUUGGAAGACCAGACUCGUGUGUAAUGUGUCCAGCCCAGGAAAACCGCACAGCGAUGGAGACCAAAUAGCCUGACCUGCCCACCCUGAAUGUGUGACAAUAGUCCAGACUGGGUUUUAUUCUUUCCAUUUACAUGCUGAAUAGGAAUUGAAAGUGUAACUUGUAAAUAUGUAUAAAUAGAAGGUGAAAAGAAACAUUCUUUAUUGCAGAUGGAAGUUAACUGCCAGCAAUGGAAAUCAGUGCCCUGUUCAAGGGGCUUUUGGACCAGAAACUACAAGAAAAUGUCAUGACUAAGUAUUUUAAUUCUUUAGUUGUACAAAAUUUGCUUGUCAUCCUACUUUGGGGUCUUAUUUAAUUGUUUACUUGUACUUUCUUUUUUAAAGAUGAUGCAGUACAGAUUGGAAGAGCUAUGGAACAUCCAUCUGCCUGUUACUUUAAUGGCCAGAUGCAAAAUCAUUCUUCCAGUGUAAAAAGAAACUAAAGUUACCAUAUUAUAAUGCCCAUUUUUCCCUUUAAAAUGUAAAUAUUGUAUUGGUUAUUUGGAGAAGUGCAUAGUUUCUAAACUGUGUGUAUUAUGAAUUUUGCAUUUGCAUACAUAUUUAACAUAAUUAGCUCCAAAGAGUAAUGCAAUGGUGUUGGCAUUUUUAAAUUCAGUACUAUUUUUAAUGUCUGCCACACAACUGUCCAACAGGUUCUCGUGUUGUUUCUUUAGACCAAAAAUGGCAUAUUUUAAACAGUACAUAUUUAAAUGCACAAACUAUUUUUAUAUUUAAAGAGAAAUAUGAUGCUUUGUUCAUAGGCUUUGGCAUAUAGCUCAGAAAUAGAACUGUGUGUGAGCUGAGAGUGGUUUUAUUAAUUUUUUUUUAAAUAGAUGGUGCUAGCAAGUUUUAAAGUAUAAAGAGUUCUACCAAAAUUAAUACUGGUUUAAAUCACGGAUAAGAACAAUUGUGCAGCAAUUUAUGUCCAAACAAUCCUAGGAAAACCAGUUCUGGAAAAUGGAGUUUAGCCAAGUUAAUUUGAUUUGUAUAAUGACACUUACAACAUCACAAAGAAAAGGUUAAAAAAAAUCUCCUUUUAUUUUUACAACAGUUCAUACAGGUGGUUUUGGCUGGACUUUAAAAGAGCAUCCUUUCUUAGGUGGGGUUCCAUCACAAUUACUGUGCAAAUAGCUGAAGUAGAGGUCAUGAAAAUGCUGUUAUUUCAUUUCCUUCAUUAUCAUAUGGAAAUAUACAAAAAACUCUUCCCUGGAAAUUAAAAUAUUUACAUUACUCCUUUUGCAGAUUUGCUUGCAAGAGGAUUACUGUUUACUAGUCUUGGCAAAUAUUUGAGAUGCAAUCUGAAAAUUUCUAACUGGCAGCACAGACUUAAGCAAUGGUCAUUCCUUAGGCCAGAAGGUUCAGAUGUUAAAAUACAGGAUAUUGAAAUGCCUGAUUUCCACUGAUGGAAGAGGCAGCUCGGUGCCUGAGUGCCUUAACAACGUGUCUGAGUGCACAAACCUGCAGGACUGAAGUCAGUGGGAGCAGCACCAAGGAAUUCAAUGGAAAAGGCUCAAACUUUCUUAGCAAAAAGUCGUACAUGGGGGGUGAUGGUCAAAAGGAGCAAUGCUUCCUCUUGCAGGUCUCUUGAGCAAAGUGAGGAAGGAAACGUGAGGUUGUUUAGCAGUAAAAAUUCUGGAAAAUAAUUGGGGGGAGGAAAAGAUAGUCAUAAAGCAUCUUUUAAUUAAAGUUUUCAUCUGAUGCUUUCUUUUUCAUAGAACUGUGUCAAAGUCUCCACUUAAUAGAAUAGAAGGAGCAUCUGUCCUUUUAGCACUAGAAGGAUUCUGUUUUCUUACAAUGCACUGUUUAUUUAAAUAUUCAGUCACUUCUUCACUUCUUGUACUGUUGGUUUAUGAUUUUUUGGAAGUUGAUGCUGCAACAGCUCCCAUGCAAGCCGACGUGUCACAUAUUCCUGGAGUUCCCUGAGCCCCAGUAGUCCCAGGAGUCCCAGGAUCCCCUGGCAGCCCGGGCUCACCCUGAGCACCAUCACGGCCAUUUUGAGUAAUUCCAGGCACACCAGGUGGUCCUAAACAAGAGAGGGGAAAGAUACAUGAAAUAUUUCCAUCUCUUCUUUUUUAAUAUCUGUAUAUAUGUGUUGCUUUUAGAGAUCUUAAUAUACUUUGAGUGUCUGUACAUCACACUUGUUAUGGCCUGUUGAGUACAAGGUGUUUUCAAUAAAUUUACCCUGAAUCUGG